AUAGUUAUGGAAAGAAUUUGCAAUCUUCUGUUUGCUCUUGCAGUUUUCAUUAUGCUUCAUCAUCAUACUUCUUCACUUGCUAAUAUUACCACCGAUCAAGCCGCUCUUCUUGCACUGAAAUCGCACAUUUCUUCUGAUCCUAACAACAUCCUAGCAAGAAACUGGUCUUCUUCCAGCCCAGUUUGCAGCUGGAUUGGAAUCACUUGCAGCUCCCGCCACCACCGAGUCACUGCUUUAAACAUUUCAAGCAUGCAACUUCAUGGUACCAUACCUCCACACCUCGGAAACCUCUCAUUUCUUGUUUCCCUCAACAUUCAUAACAACACAUUCCAUGGAGAUUUUCCAAAAGAGUUGACCCAUUUAAAAAGGUUAAAAUCGAUUAGUGUCACAAGAAAUAACUUCACUGGAGCCAUUCUAUCAUCUUUAAGUUUGUUACCAAACCUACGCUUUGUGUAUCUUUCAAUGAAUCAAUUUUCGGGAGAAAUUCCCUCUUCCAUUUCUAAUAUAACAAAGCUGGAAGUGUUGAGUAUGCAACGUAAUUUUCUCGAAGGAGAGAUCCCUCGAGAAUUCGGUGAUCUUCGCUAUCUGACCUUUUUAGAUCUGCAAUAUAAUCAACUUAGUGGCUCUAUACCAACAUCAAUCUUCAACAUUACGACGAUGAAAAUCCUUGGUCUUACCUAUAACAAUCUCACUGGUCAGCUUCCAACAACUAUAUGCGACCAUCUUCCAAAUUUGGAAUGGCUUUGCCUCUCAAAAAACUACAUAGGUGGUGUUAUUCCACCGAACUUAGAAAAUUGCAGAAAGCUUCAAAUCUUGUCAUUGUCUUACAAUGAGUUUAUUGGAAUCGUACCAAGAGUGUUAGCUAACCUAACAUCUCUUACGGAAUUGUAUAUUAGAGCUCUGCAUUUAGAAGGUAGUGUUAUAUUUUAUAAGAAAAAUGAAAAUGUUCUUCCUUUUCUCUCUUCCGCAAAACUGGCAACUCACACAUUUCCCUAAAUUAAUGACAGGAGAGAUACCAGUGGAGCUCGGUAAUCUUGAGAAACUACGAGCGUUGGAAUUAUCAGAGAAUCAGUUUAGUGGUUCAGUCCCUCCAACUAUUUUUAAC